UCUUAUUCUUUUAACCUGAAAUGCAAGGAAACGUUUCACAUGUACUGGGAUAUUUAAACAUAUCUGUACGCGCAAACUACGUUGAUUUAGUUCUGACGGUAUCCAGUUGCGCGUUAUUGUUCUUCACUCUAUUCGUUGGAUUUGCAGCAAAUUUGUUCGUGGCAUGGGCAGUGCAUAACCAAAAGUCUCUACAAACAGCCAACAAUGCAUUGUUGGUGAAUCUCGCGGUGAUAGACUUUUUACGUUGCGUUAUCGACUGUCCGUUAAUAUUGGCCAUUUUUCUAAAUGGAGAACGCAUCGAUAAAAUUGGAUUUUCAUUGUGCAACGCACAGUUUGCCUCCUUCGCCAUCACCUGUUGCGUCCAACUGCUUACUUUGGCUAGCAUCAGUGCAGAGCGAUACCAAGCUAUAGCACACCCUUUUAAAACAACUGAGCGGCGAAAGCGGGUCAGGGUAUGGAUUCCUUCAACUUGGAUAGUGGCAAUUAUUGUAUCUAUUAUUUGCUCAAUAUUUGUGAGGGACUCUCCGGUGUAUGUGAGGUGCAAAGGACUGGAUGUAAAAGAACUCCCGUCGUACGAGACAUUUGGAAUGUAUAUUUUGAUCCCACUGUGGGCUGCUUGUCUGGUGGUCAUCACUGGAUUCUAUUCUCGCAUCUUUAUACUCGUGAAAGCCCAUAGCAGAAAAAUAUUUGACAAAGGCACGACUCUUGAUGACAUAAACAGCAAAGCAAAGAGCACUGAUGCGACUAAAGUGGACGACAGCACGAUAAAGGAUAUUGUUAAAAUGGUACCUGACGUUACUGUCAAGACGGAUGUUUCUCGUGCGCAAGAGAAACGUGCUUUUACAGCCAACAUUCUGGCAAGUGGUGGACACACUGUGUCCGCGCCCCUACAAGCAGCCGACCAGAAUUUAACUUUAGACAAACAUCUUCCAGAAACAAACAACACCACCAGAGUUCUCGCCGAUACCAAUAAUUCGACACAACAUGCGUCCCCUUCACAGAGCAGAACACUUGUACUGAUAGACCUUGAGAAACGCGAGGUCGACAGCACACCCCACCCACAACCUUUGACCGCGCCCGGGACAGCUACUUUGGAGUCAGCUGAGGAAAAGCAACCUGGCACACAAACAGCACCCGUUCCGCCUGAACCUGAAGAAGAUAUAGCAGGUGCCGUCUGCAUGAUGCCACCGCGCUUUAACGCAGACAGGGCGAAGACAAAUAAGGAAAACAAAUUGGCAAAACGUUCGGGUUACAUCAUUCUUACUUUCAUCAUACUUUGGACACCUUUCAUCUCGAUGGUCCUUGGCAAUUACGUUAUCGGCUGGUCCAGUUCCACAAGAAUGGAGAUAGCACUGGAGUUGAAGAUAUUUACUAUCUCUCUGGUCUGCAUGACAUCUGUCACCAAUCCAAUAACUUAUGCUGUUGUAAAUCCACAGUUUCGCACAGAAUUUUAUAGUCUUAGAUCUAAAUUUAAGUCAAUGUGUUCAGCAAAAUAACAAUAACAACAAACACAUUUUUUUAUGAUUAUGAUGCAUCUUCUUGUACUUAUAUGACAUUGCUUGCAUUAGUGAAUUAAGUGGGACCUACAGGCCCAGUUAUCCCGAUUUUGCCCUGGUGAACUCCCCACACCUCACAAGUGUUGAUUAAAGCCUGGAGGUUUUCUGUGUUUUGGAAUCCUCCUGAGCGUUCCAAGCCCAAUCAAGCCUCACAAUUCUUCUGGAUUGCACACAAGAUUAAAUGCAAACCUGCAAAGCCAUUUCCUCAGCACUAGAUUACAAAGGCUCCUUUGGAAAUAGUGGUGGAUUAUAAUGCAUUUUUUUCUACAUCACUUGUCAUUUGGCUGACAUUCUUAGCCAGAGGGACAUACAGCAAACUGACAGCAAGGACAGUCCCCCUGGAGCAAGUUGAGGUUAAGAUUGAGACAACACACAUUAAGGGUGAGCUGGAGAUUGAACCCAGCACUUGACAGACCUACAGACCAGCUGAUAAAACAACAAGCCCUAAGAAUUUAUCAGAUUUAAAGGAUUUAUCAGAUUAAAGAAAA